AUGUAUAUUCUAUUUACAUGGCUAUAAUGGAUCAAGAUUAGAGGCUGUCUGAUAUGCUCUUAUGUGUGUAGAAGUGAUUUUGAUUUUUGUUCAUUUGAGUUUUAGGCAGCUGGAUAGUCAUAAAGAGACUUUGUAACUUUUGGGUAAUUAGACAUUGUUAUGAAGUUUAAAAGAGGAGGAAAACAUAGCAUUAGUAAUUCAAUUUUUGAAAGAGAAAUAUUUUCAUAAUAUUUUGCGGGCAAGAUCGAUGGGAGCUACUACAGCCUUGAUGUAUACUCAAAAAAGUGGGAAUAUAAAAUGUUUGGUUUUAGAUAGUCCAUUUUGGAAGAUGUAGUGAUAAAUUUAAUAAAACUAAAACUACACACUCCAAAUAUAAUCAAAAAAGGAUUAAAUGAAUUGAUAAGAAGUAUAAAAUCUUAAUAAUUCAGGAUGCAUUGCAAAAUUGUUUCAAUUUUGUGUUAAUAAGGUUUAAUUGCCUAUAAAUUUAAAUAUCACUUGUCUAAUGCUAUUUUUAGCAUCAAAAUAAGAUAGCCUAAUUCCUUAAUAUCAUUUUGAUAAUAUUUAAUUGAUAUCCAGGGCAUAAGAGAUGGGUAGUUUUGUGAUGUAAUCACAACGAAUAAUUAUUGAAUUUACAUAAGCUAUGACACCCCCAAAGUCGAUUCACUCCAAUCAAAUAUGCUAAUCGAUUAUUAGGUGA